AUGCUUGAUGCAGGACUGGUGCUGUACCUAGGUUUGGUGGUGCUCUUCGUGUGGCGCUUUCUGUCGGGAUGGCGGCUCUGUGGGGCGUGGAUGGAGUAUGCCAACUAUUGCAUGCUCCUCUACAUGUUGCUUCUGGUGUUGAACGUCUAUGCCAUCUACUCUUUCAUCAUGCUGGCCAUGCGCCCCGAAGGGGAGCGGGUUUUCCAAGCACUGCCACCGUGGAUGAAGCCGCUAAUGCUAGGCACCCCUAUCGCUGCAGUGGUGACGUAUUUCAUGGCGUUCAUCCAGACAGGUCAGCAUGUGAAUGAAAUCCGCCGAGGAGCUGGCACUCUGAAGCAUGAUCGUGCAGUGCAAAUUAUCGCCCUUCCAGCGGUCUUCGGCUGUAUGGCUAUGAACGCGUUGACGAAGAUGUUCGAAAGUGCCGCCCAGUAUAACAUCGAGGACCAGGCAACCAGUCUCGCCUAUCGCGGUGUGUCCGCGCUGGCUGUGUAUCCAAGCCCAAACAAUAUGAACAAUAGCACGGCGGCGAAUGCUUCGCAGUUCUACUUGGCUCAAGUGGAGACUUGCUUCCAGGUGGGGGAUCUGUAUGAAGCUUGGGCGUUGUACCAGUUUUGCAAGUUGACCUUAGAAGUGCUCAAGAACUGCUUGGAAAAGACGGCCAAGGAACAAAAGAGCGAGGACAGCGAACGGAAGGUCCUGGCAUCCGGGCUCCUCGUGGCCCACAAGUCGUUGGCGGACAUCGCCUACACCGGGGUGAUCAUGUUCUUGGUGGUGUGCUGCGCGGAAGCCAGUUGGUCUUUGUACCUUCUAACCUUUACCAAUCCAGAGGCCAAUUGGGCAGACUACAACACUCAAAUGGGCAAGUUCCAAGCUGCUGGUUUGGUCACAUCGAUGGCCGCGAUUUACAACCUCAACACGGUUGAGAUGGAAUUCCACGACUACUUCGAAAGUUUCACUCCCUUGCUGAAGUUUUUGACCGUGAAGAUCUUGCUCUCCUUGGCUUAUUUCCAGAAGGGCUGCGUUUACGUCCUGCAAACGGUGAACCGUUCCCUCCCCGGGCUGCUUCAAAACGUCAUCAACGCAGUGCCCUUCGUGAAAGAAUUGGUGAGCAUGGGGGACACCGAGUUCUAUCUCUUCUAUUCAUCUCUGAUCCUCUACGAAUGCGUUUUGGGUGUCUUCUUUCAUUGGUUUGCUUGGCCCUCCGAUGAGCCUUUCUACGGAUUUGAUGUGCAAGGUACUGAAGCCGAGAAGACGCCGCUCUUGGACAAGGCUUGA